AAAAAACCUUUAUUUUCAACUCGUUCUAACACUCGAAUCAAAAAUGUUUGUUGCUCCGGUGCGUCUUUCGAGCGACAAUUAAUGCACACAAGAUUCCAACUUUUAUCUCUCGUGUUUACUCUCGAAUUAAAUAAGCGGUACGCGAAUUUUUUUGAUAACCAUUAGCCAGUUAGCGUUUAGCCGACGAGCGGGUCAAUUUUUACACGGCGUGUCGUCAUCACGGUCAUGCAACACACAAUCAAAAAAAAAUUAUUAUAAUGUAAUUGCCGACCGUGAAAGUCCAGCGAAUCAGUUUCCAUCGUUGUUAUCUCGGCGCUCGUUUUGUGGUUCUUGAUGGAAAGUGCGAACAACGGCCGUAUUAGGAACAGAAAUGACCCGAUGCCUAAUCGCAAGAACAACGACAUCCCCGGCCCGUCCGGUUACAUCACGAGAGCGCGGAGCAGCACCUGGACCUCGAGGCACGGGAACGCUUCGUCCUCGACGUCCUCGAGCCCCUCGUCGCAGGCCAGGUUCGAUAGGGGCGCCAGGGGCCAAAGGAGAUCCUUGUGGCUGUCUGAAGAACCUACCAGUAAAUUACGCCUUAAAGUUGUCAGGGCUAAAAAUCUUAUGAAAAAGGAUAUAUUUGGAGCAAGCGACCCAUAUGUUCGGAUUGAUUUGAAUCUAAUCAGUAACGAUGAAACUAUUGACUCAGUUCUUACCAAAACGAAAAAGAGGACUUUAAGCCCCGAUUGGAAUGAAGAAUUUAUAUUCAGGGUCAAACCUGCUGAACACAAAUUAGUCAUUCAAGUGUUUGACGAAAAUCGACUCACUCGUGAUGACUUCCUCGGAAUGGUGGAAUUGCCUUUGUUGAAUUUACCGAAAGAACAAUCCGAUAGAUCUAUUCCAACUACCAAGUAUCUGCUGCAACCCAGAAGCGAUUUCAGUACCCGUUCGAGGGUUAAAGGUCACCUUGAAUUGUAUCAUGCGUUUUUAUUCGAUACGAUUCUACCUCCGAUUGCUGCUCCAGAAGAACCGACCGACGAACGGGAUUGGGAGAUCAUCGGCACCGGCCGAGAAGAGGUCGCGGCUCAGCCCCUCUUUGUGACACCCACUACACAAAAUCAAAGUUCUUUACCACCGGGAUGGGAAGAAAGGCAAGAUGCUAACGGAAGAACGUACUAUGUGAAUCACAUAGCGAGAACAACACAGUGGGAAAGACCUACUUUAAGUUCUCCAGACAUACAAAGCGGCGAACGAGAAGAACAAAGAGAAGUUUUCGAAAGACGCUUUCACAUAAGUGCCGACGAAGAAUCUAAUGAUAGAGGCGAAUUAAAUCAGACCGUUAAUUCUGAUGCCGCAACCGCCAUUGUACCUGCAAUAUUAAUUGAGCGAGAAUGCGACAACGAGGAGACUAAACCGUUAGAGGAAAAUAGGGAAAGUGUAUUAUCGUUUGUAGAAAAUCGCAAUAGCGUUACAUCGGAUUUGUGCGAUACAGAUUACAAUGCAUCGGCCGAAAGCAAUGAGAGUAGCAGAAGGAGUUCAGUCGAUAUGCCCCAAUAUCAAAUAACAUUUCAAAAUGGAAAUCGUUAUAACGGAGGCGAAAACGAGAGCGACGAUCAGGCAGACACGUUCUCCAACAACUCGUCCCGCCGAGAUUCGACCGUUUCGACGUCGACCAGCAACAGCAAUUCGCAGAACAAUUUGGACGUCCUCUCCGAAGGCCUGCCGUCCGGCUGGAGCAUACAACGAGCGCCCAACGGCCGUCUGUUUUUCAUCGAUCACAAUGAACGGACCACCUCGUGGGUGGAUCCGCGCACGGGACGCGCCAGUCCCAUGCCCAACCAACCGGCCGCUCCGGUCGUCAAUAAGCGUCCCGACGACGAUCUGGGACCGCUGCCCGAAGGCUGGGAGGAGCGCGUUCACUCCGACGGGAGGAUUUUCUUCAUAGAUCACAAUACAAGAACGACACAAUGGGAAGACCCUAGGUUGUCCAAUCCGCAAAUAGCCGGACCAGCUAUACCUUAUUCAAGGGACUACAAAAGGAAAUACGAGUACAUGAAAACGCAACUUAAGAAGCCUACGAACGUUCCCAAUAAGUUUGAGAUAAAAGUUCGAAGGCGAAGCAUUUUGGAGGAUUCGUAUAGAGUCAUAUCGAACGUAUCGAAGUUGGAUCUGCUUAAAACGAAAUUGUGGAUUGAAUUCGAGGGCGAGGUCGGUUUAGAUUACGGUGGACUGGCUAGGGAGUGGUUCUACUUGUUGUCGAAGGAAAUGUUCAAUCCGUACUAUGGGUUGUUUGAAUAUUCCGCUAUGGAUAAUUACACGUUACAAUUAAAUCCUUUCUCGGGAUUAUGCAACGAGGAGCAUCUGAGUUACUUCAAAUUCAUCGGACGCGUAGCAGGAAUGGCCGUAUACCACGGAAAGUUAUUAGAUGCCUUUUUCAUUAGGCCUUUUUACAAAAUGAUGCUAUCGAAGUCGAUAGACUUGAAAGAUAUGGAGUCUGUCGAUUCGGAAUACUACAAGUCGCUUCUUUGGAUAAAGGAAAACGAUCCUUCAGAUCUGAACUUGACAUUUUCGGUCGACGAGGAAUCAUUUGGACAUACGACGGUGCACGAACUAAUCGAUGGCGGUGCUGAAAUUAAUUUAGACAAUUCUAAUAAGGAUGAAUACAUUAAAUGUAUAAUUCAAUGGAGGUUCGUUGGAAGAGUACAAGAACAGAUGAAUGCCUUUUUGGACGGUUUUAGCGACUUGGUGCCGUUAAAUUUGAUAAAAAUAUUUGACGAACACGAGCUGGAGCUGUUAAUGUGCGGUAUUCAACACAUCGAUGUGAAAGAUUGGAAAACAAACACGUUGUAUAAGGGUGAUUACCAUGCGAAUCACAUCGUGAUCCAGUAUUUCUGGAGGGUCGUUUUAUCGUUUAGUAAUGAAAUGAGAGCGAGAUUAUUACAGUUUGUUACCGGAACUUCCAGAGUGCCUAUGAACGGUUUCAAAGAAUUAUAUGGUAGCAAUGGCCCUCAAUUAUUCACGAUAGAAAAAUGGGGGAAUAUUGAAAAUUUCCCGAGAGCGCAUACUUGUUUCAAUAGAUUAGAUUUACCGCCUUACGAAAGUUACGCCCAACUAAAGGAUAAACUUAUAAAAGCAAUUGAAGGCUCCCAGGGCUUUGCCGGUGUUGAUUAGUCCAUAUUUUAUUAAUAACAACGUUGCAUUUUACCUUAACAGAAUCUGUCCAAUACUGAUACCUUAAAUUUUAUUUAUAGUCUAUUGAAUUAUACAUAUAUAUUUUAUAGUUACAUGUAAGUUGUUGUUUUUAUUCUGUAUACUUUGUAAAUAAUUCAGGCUUAUGUAAGUAUAUAUUCAUCUACUUC